AUGAGCGGCGGCUAUAACCUCCGCGCACAAAUCCAUGCCCCCCAGCGCUUCUGCGAAGCAGACUUCGAGAACUUCAGCGAAACACCAACCGCCGCAGUCCUCCAGUCCAUGCGCCGUGCCCGCUCGCAGUCCGAAGAUGGAGACGGUGAGACACUAUUCUCCUCAUUGCCGGAUGCAGACUCUCGCAGCACAGGAGGACAUCAGGUCUCGCAGCGUGCGCCGCGGAUCGCUCCGUUUAACCCGAAUCUAAAGCCGGCGGCGUUUCCAAGUUUGAAGGACCCAAGGGUGGCAUGGAGUGGAAAUCACGCGAACAGCCAGGAGAAGCAGCAGGGACAGGGGCAGACGCUACAGCACCAGCAGAGCCCCUGCUCGAGCCAAAAUGGAGAGAGAUGCAAUGGUGUCGGCUUGCAGGAUGUCCAGAUGGAUGAGGUGGAUAAUCGGACUGCGAGUGACUCGGCAUUGAAUGCUGUUUAUGCGAGAAAUAUGGCAGUUAUGUCUGAGGCUGGGGAUGCGGAAUCGAACCAGAAUGGUUACACUCCAGAGUCGCUCUUGGACUUGGAAGAUAGUGAUCUUGAAGAACGAGUUGAUGCCUCAGAGGUGCUUCUCGCCAAGGUAAGUAUGCAGCUCUUCAAAGUCAAUAUCGGUUAUAGGCUGAUGACAGGUUAUUGUCAGGCCAACAACCCCAAAUGGAGCGACCUGAACCCAGCCGUGCAGGUGGAGAUCCUUGAGAACCUCCUCCAAAUCGGCUGCUGGCGCACCACAUCCCGCAAGCUCGGACUCGGAUUAGAGGACCGCAAGAAACUUACCACGUACCUGGACACGCGCAACCAGCAGAUCGCUCACGAGAACAAGCAAUUGGGCGCCAUGCGGACCAAGCAGCUGCGGGCAUUGCUGCGCGUCGACCACAGCAUCCUGCAAAGAACGGGUCCGCCGCCGCAACUGGUUAUCAACAAGACUUUUCGCCAGACGGUGCGCGUUCUGCGUGAAAAUUACCAUACAGACCUGUUUAUGUGCCGCGCUGCGGAUUUUCUGGCCGCCAGACAGUUCCUGCACCAGCAUGGUAUCCCGCGCCGGUUCGCAGGAAGUUGGGGCAAUAGCCUGGUGGUGCUGCGGGAGUCGGACGAUGAUGAUCUUAAGCCGGAGACGUUUGAGUGGAAGGAAGAUCUGGCUCGGGGUCUGAAGAGCUUGGAUGAGGCUGAUGGCAAGACAAAUGACGUUCAAAAAGAUGGAAUCACCAUCGAACGGAAGGACUUCAUCGACACCAUCGGCUUGGAGAGCAGCGUCAACCCCAGAGACCUGAUUCGACGCCCCGGAGAUGCAGGGGCGAUGCUGGAUUGGGGCCGCUACUUUCCACACUGGCAACCAUAUCCCAUCCCUAACCUCAAGCGCCGUCGUGACGGCCUGGUUCGGCUGCAGGUCGGAGUGCAGGGCGCGGCGCAGAUCCAGCACAUGCAGGAGAGCCGGGCUAAGGUCCGGCCACGGACGCAACGCUCACAAAUGUCGUCUCCGCCUGAACGUCUUGAAGCGACACCGUCCAAGGUGUACGAUAACAGUCAUUCGUUCGGACAGCUGAGCCGAACCAUCACCAUGUCCCUACCGCCGCCGACACAGAUGCCCCUGACGCGGACUCUCGGUGGUAGAUGGUCUCUGAACGCCGCGAAUCCAGCUAUUGGCCAAGCCCGAUACAGACAGCAGAUAGAGCAGGCCCGGCUCGAAUACCAGCAGCGGAAGGAGCAGAAUGAAAGGAUUGCUGCACCGGUCUUCGCGAAAGAACCUCUAGUCACCGGAUCACAGACUCCAUCACGGGCUCCGUACAGGCCCACUGCAGAGGAUUUUCCGUCGAGCGCGAUGAUGGUUUCUCAUAUGACCCAUCGAGAACGUCACAUCCAACGAGAUGAGAGAGAGGAGGCCAUCUGGAGAGAUCUGCAGGAGACCAUGAAGGCUGAUCUUGCGGGUUGCGAGGAAGCGGACUGGACAUUCAUUCAUGAGGGGUUCGUGAUCCCCGACCAAGACCCGGCCUUGAUGGACGUGGAGGAGGUGAAUGAGGAGAUGGACAUAAAUGAGAUGGCUGCGCAGUACACCAGUGAUAGCGAGGCUUCUCUCUCUGAUCUUUCGUCAUCGAUCUAG